AUGCCUUUUGGCCUGAAGAAUGCGCUCCAGAUCUAUCAACGUAUGAUCGAUAACGCGCUAUAUGGGUUCACCCGGAUCCCGAAGUCGGAGGAUCACGGAGGUACUGCGGAUGUAUUUGAGGAUGGGGAACCGGUGGAUCCAGGCAGGUCUUCGGUGCUUGGUCGCAGAUCAUAUAUCGAUGACAUCCUGAUCCCCGCUAAUAGUUGGGAUCAACUAUGUGAUCGAGUCGAGGAGUUGCUCGAAGCAUGUGACAAAUGGAACCUGUCGAUCAGCGUGGAUAAAAGUUUCUGGAGGAUGCCCAAGGUGGAAUACCUUGGACAUAAGGUCUCGCACAAUGGACUGGAGGCGAAUCCGAAAGACCUGUCUGCAUUAACCGAUCUAGCUUUUCCAGGAUCACUCAGAGCUAUGCAAUCAUUUCUGGGGAGUCUGAACUAUUAUAGCAAUUUUAUCGAAGACUACGCGAUCUACGCGUCGGUUCUGUACGAAUUGCGAGAAAUCGACUUUGCUGCGAUGGCGAAAGAGACGACUCAGGGGCGGAUCCAACAAAUACUGGAAGCAGAAGGUGUGGAUCCAAGAUCACAGGAAGAUCGGGAUGUCGACCACCGAAGCACCUUGGAUCUGGAGGCGUCGGAUCCUACGGAGGUAGAUCCACGUUGGAUCCAUGCUCAUCGGUCCUUCAACGUGCUCAAGAUCAGGAUUGCUACAACUCCGAUCUUACGACACUUUGACCCAGAUCGGAAAGCUACGGUGGUGGUGUACGCCAGCGACUGGGCCAUUUCGGGAGCCUUGAUGCAAGAAUACGACCAGAUCUACUACCCCGUGACGUUUGCGAGCCGCACUCCGAAGUUGAAUGAGCUAAACUACGGCGUCGCGGAGAAGGAAGUACUAGCUCUUCUGAGGAUCCUGGAUCUGAAUUACAAUGCGUUGGCUGGGCGUCCGAUCCAUGUGUUAACCCGACACUCAACAUUGGCGUGGCUCUUCAGAUCCACGGCUUUACAAGGACGUCUGGGGCAAUGGGCCGCUCUGUUGUCGCCUUGUACACUUGAGAUUACUAAGUGUGUCAAAGGAGAGGACGAAAUCUUGGAAGCACUGGCAGCCGAUCAGAAGUUGGAUAAGGCGUUGAUCUCAAUCGCCCCCAAAAAGGAGCCAAGACGCAAGAUCCAAGCUCCGAUCCCCACUAUCGGACGAGAUGAGGAACUAUAUGUCGUCAGUUUCGAUGGAUCAGCCCGUGUCAAGAGGGGUGGAGGCGCCUAUAGCGCGAUCUUGUGGAGAUUGCCCGAAUGGAGGGUGUUGAAAGCUAGAUCAGGGUAUGCCGAAGGCUUGAAGGCGAAUGAGGCAGAAUACCAUGGGUUGUUACUAUGUCUGGAUCUGUUGGAGGAUUUGAAUCCACAGCGUCUGGUGAUCUGCGGAGACGCAAACCUGGUGAUCCGACAAGUACAAGGAGAGAUCGAUUGUAAGGCGCCAGAUCAUGACCUAUUGCACGUCAAACGGGACUGGAAUGGGAGUGCUGACAGCCUAGUAAGUGCUGCUCUACAACGGCAAUGCGGGAUCGAGAUAGAGUCUGAUGCAGAGAUCCAGGAUCUCAUAACUUUAAAUAGGUUGGAUGAGAUCCUGAUAGUGAACGUCGAAGAAGAAACUGGACGGGUAUCAGCGGUGACGGCCCGAUCUAAGGCUAGAUCGAGGAAGUAUCUAAUCGGGGAGAUCCGGGAUCUGACACAAGAAGAAGCUAGAAUGUUCGGAUCUAUUGCCAUGAAUUACGACGUGGAUCAGCUGGAUCUAUUCUUCUAUUGCCCGACAUAUAAGGAAGCAGCCGCAGCUCGAGAUAAGCUGAUGCGACUAGUGAUACUUGAGACGCUUCAACAGGACAUUCUGCACCACUAUCAUACGAGUCUACAGGGCGGUCACCAAGGGGUCGGCCGCACCUACGAUCGGAUCCGUGAUCACUUCCACUGGAGGGGUCUGUACAAGAGUGUACAACGAUAUGUGGGGGAAUGCGUCGACUGUGAGACAGGCAAAGGAAGACCUCGGAUCCAGGGUGAUUCGCCUGGUAACCUUCAGGCAACGUACCCAUUUCAGAUCAUUGCCAUGGAUCAUAUACGCUCGCUGCCUAGAUCCUUCUACGUGUACAACGAUAUGUGGGGGAAUGCGAAACAGGUAAAGGAAAACCACGGAUCCAGGGCCACGUACCCAUUUCAGACCAUUGCCAUGGAUCACAUACCCUCGCUACCUAGAUCCUUCAACGGCAAUACUGAGUUGUUGAUUUUCGUGGAUCUGUUCUCGGGGUACGUGAUCGCCAAAGCUAGUGCUUCCAGAUCCGCCCAAACGAUUGCCGAGACUUACGAAGAAUGUGUCUUUCGUCGAUUUGGCGCGAGCGAGGUGAUCCGACAUGAUCGGGAGCCAGGCUCUAUGUAUGAUUUCUUUAAGUCGUUCAACAGGAUCCUGGGACAACGCCAACGGGCUACUAUGGCAUAUAGGCCCCAAGCCAAUGGAUCUGCGGAACAUAUGGCCCAGACAACUACCAGAGCGCUCAAG